UUUGAUAAAAAUAGUUUCAAAUAUAUAUUUAAAUCAAUAUUAAGUUUAUUUUUAUAAUUUGUUGUUGUCAAACUAAAAUAUCAAUUUAGCCUGCUUUCAGCACCACAUAUAGGACAGCGGAUUUAGUCAUGCCAGUUUAUUAAAUUAGACAAUAAUCGGUCACAUGUUUUUCUUUCAUUAACUAAAACAUAAAAUAUUUAUCUUAAAUAACUUGAUUUUAAUAACAUUAAUGCCGAUAUUCUUGUUUUGUUUUUUAUUUAGUUUUUUGUUUGUUUGUUUGUUUGUUUGUUUUUUUUUUUAGAAUCAUUUUGAAAAACCCUUGUAUGCUAUAAAUUGACAUUUUGCUGUGGAUUUAUUUGUAGUGCUUGGUUUAGACUCACAGGGCCGCUGUUUGUCAAUGUAACACACUCACUUGUGCAUUUUAAACCCAGCCCCAUCAUCCCAUAUUCACAGUGAGAGAGGAAAGGGGGAAAGAUUUUAGGAUCGCUUAUUGUCGAGUGUCUUUAAACAAACGCGACAUCUUUAACUUUUUUUUCCGAUUUCAAGGAUUUGCAUACCAUCUUUCUUUAGAAUACACCUUUUGGAAAUCGUAAAGAUCGUUUUUAUGGUUUGUUUGUGAAAUCGUGAAAAUGUCUGCUGUCGUGAUGUGGUACUCGGUAUUGUUUUCCUUCAUCCUGCUUCAUUCGGCACGAGGACAGGUCAGUUAUUCUAUUCCAGAAGAAAUGGCUAAAGGUUCCACUGUGGGAAAUAUCGCGCAGGAUUUGGGCUUGGAUUUACAACGAUUGAGGUUAGGAAAAGCGCGCAUAUAUACAGGGGACAGUACUGAAUACAUUGGCCUCAAUAAAGACACUGGCUUGCUGCUCAUCAAAGAGAAAAUGGAUCGCGAGUCUCUUUGUGCAAAAACGACACCGUGUGCUUUGCACCUUCAGCUGAUUUUGGAAAACCCGAUGGAAUUAUACACGAUUACGGUUGAAAUUACGGAUAUAAACGAUAAUCCACCCUCCUUCGAGAAAAAGCGAAUUCAUUUUGAAAUAAGCGAGUCAGCUGUAACGGGCGCGAGAUUCAUGCUGGAGGGAGCCGUGGAUGCGGACGUAGGAGUUAAUGGUCUUCAAAGCUAUUCUCUUAAACCAACUGAUAAUUUUGUCCUUGAACUGCUCAGUCAACCAGGAGGUGAUAAAAACGUCGAGAUGGUUUUGCAAAGACCACUUGAUAGAGAAAAGAAAGGAGUGAUUACGUUAUUGCUUACCGCCACUGACGGCGGUGAUCCGCAGUUGUCUGGCACUGUUCAGAUACAUGUUACUGUACUUGAUGCCAAUGAUAAUUCUCCCGUAUUUACGCAAAAGGAAUAUAAAGCCACACUGACUGAAAAUGCAGCAAAUGGAUUUAAAUUGACCACAGUCAGUGCUACUGACGCAGACGAUGGAUCUAAUGGUCAGGUGACGUACUAUAUUGCAAGCAAAGAAGAUAUUGUGCGAAAAAUGUUUAUUAUUGAUCAGCAUAGUGGCGAAGUUACCUUAAAUGGCCUCAUCGACUUUGAAAAAUCAAGUCACUACCAGAUUGAUAUCCAGGCUAAAGAUCAAGGUGGGCUUUCUGAUUCCUGUAAGCUGAUUAUUGAUGUGCUGGAUAUUAAUGAUAACAAACCAGUGAUAAACGUGCUCUCUAUGUCAACCUCUGUGUCUGAGGACUCCACACCUGGCACAGUUGUUGCUAUGUUGAAAAUAGAUGAUGCUGACUCAGGUGUGAAUGGCCAGAUUCACUGCAUCAUAAAUGAUAAUAUUCCAUUUGCUCUGACAUCACCAUCCAGCAAUUUCAUCAGUCUGCGUAUAGAGCAGCAGCUGGACAGAGAAAAAGAUGCUGAAUACAAUAUCAGUGUCACAUGCUCUGAUCAGGGGGUGCCCGCGCUCUCCAGCAGCGCCUCUCUGUCUUUACAGAUAUCAGAUGUGAAUGACAAUGCUCCUGUUUUUGAGAAAACUAACUAUGAGGCCUGUGUGCUGGAGAAUAACACACCUGGUCUCUCUAUAUUUUCAGUUAAAGCCAGUGAUGCUGAUUGGAAUCAGAAUGCUCGUGUUUCUUAUAUUCUAGAAGACAGCACUGUUAAUGGAGUCUCUGUCUCAUCAUAUGUGUCAGUGCAACCUGACAGCGGACUGAUUACAGCUAUGCGCUCUUUUGAUUAUGAGACACUGAAACAUUUCCACUUCCGGAUAAAAGCGCAAGAUGGAGGCUCUCCUCCACUCAGUAGUAACGUGACAGUGAAAAUUACUGUCCAAGAUCAGAAUGACAACGCUCCUCAGGUUCUGUAUCCAGUACAGACUGGAGGUUCAGUGGUGGCUGAGAUUGUGCCUCGUGCUGCAGAUGUUGGAUAUCUCGUCACUAAAGUGGUGGCUGUUGAUGUGGACUCUGGACAGAAUGCCUGGCUCUCCUAUAAACUACAGAAAGCUACAGACAGAGCGCUGUUUGAAGUGGGUUUACAGAAUGGAGAAAUAAGAACUGUGCGACAAGUGACUGAUAAAGAUGCUGUCAAACAGAAACUCACUGUUGUUGUGGAGGAUAACGGACAGCCCUCUCGCUCAGCUGUGGUCUCCAUUAACGUGGCUGUGGCUGACAGCUUUCCUGAAGUGUUGUCAGAGUUCACAGACUUUACGCAUGAAAAACAAUAUAAUGACAACCUGACUUUUUAUUUAGUCCUCGCACUGGCCGCUGUUUCUUUCCUAUUUAUCACUUGUGUGGUUGUGAUAAUAUCAGUAAAGAUCUACAGAUGGAGACAAUCUCGUUUCCUCUAUCAGUCCAAUCUGCCUGUUAUUCCGUACUAUCCACCGCAUUACGCAGACACAGGAGUCACUGGAACUCUGCCGCACGGGUAUAAUUAUGAAGUGUGCAUGACGACUGACUCGAGGAAGAGUGACUGUAAGUUUUCUACACUCGGUGGACAGAAUGUUUUAGUGGUGGACCCGAGUUUCACUGAGACGAUGCAGCAUACAAUCAAGAAAAAUAACGAUUUGGAAGGUGAAUAUUCGACAUCGGUAAGAAAAAAAUCCUUUAUUCUUGACAAAACAAACAAACAAACAGAAUCAAACUGUUCGUGAUAUUUGAUAAAAAUGGUUUCAAAUUUAAAUCAAUAUUAAGUUUAUUUUUAUAAUUUGUUGUUGUCAAACUAAAAUGUCAAUUUAGCCUGCUUUCAGCACCACAUAUAGGACAGCGGCUUUAGUC